GGCCCGCAGCCAGGCGUCCCGACGCUUGCCGAGAGGGUGGACCGAGUCCGGCCGAAGACGGCGUCCCGGCGUCGAGCGUCCGUCAGUGCGUGUGUGACAUGGCUGCGAGGCGCUACGGCGACCUAGACGCCCUCCACCUCGCGAUGUGAGCACACCCGCAAAACGUCCUCGAACGAUCGCUCAACGAUCCCACGAUUUUUUUUUUUUUCUUUUUUUACACGUUUCCUUGCCUCAUCGAGCAUAUAUAUAUAUAUAUAUGUAUAUUUAUAUAUGUGUGUGUGUGUAUAUAUAUAUAUAUACAUCGUGAUCGAAACAAAGUGCGACGACCUUCGACCUGAGGAAUAAUCGAAGAGCUCGCGUGCAAGCUCCAGGAACUUGGAAAAUUUCGACGGAUGUUUGGAAAUAAUCGACGAGAAAUCGAAGAGGGGGGCUCGAUUCAUUUGCGCGAUUGUUGAAUUCGUGAAUUCUGUUUACGAAGGUUCGAGGACAGUCGGGGGGUUGAGAGUGAGAAGAGAGUUUCAAGUGACGAAAGUGCUGCAACUUUCUCCAAGACCAUAAUCACAAUUCUGUCCCUGUUGGUCGGGAAAAGUGGCGUGCAAUUCGAAUAAUUUCGAUGGUGAAUUGGAACGAGUUCGAAUGAGAUGUUGGGGACGGGAAGAAGGAAUAUUUCAGGCGAAGCGGAGGAUAACGAGUGAUCGGAUUCGAAUCGGAUCGCGGAGAAAUAGAGGAAGGAUCUCCUCGAUCUGCGUCUCGCGGAAACGAAAGCGAACGUACCAUUCCCGCAGCGAGACGAUGUUGCAUUCCCUUGUAAAGAAGAAGUCGUCGAGGGCGUUCAUCCCCGGCGUUGUACAUAAAUGCUCACGUAACGUGGACCACAAGUACACUCCUGUCUGAUAGACCUUCGUAGAGUUAAGAACUGUAUAGAAUGUUUAAUUAGAUUACGAUUUUUAAAGCGAGGCUUCCAAGAGUACUUCUACGAUAUAUAUAUAUAUAAAAAGUGUGAAUUGGUGAAUUUUGAAGAGACACAUUAUCCGAGAAACGAAAAAGUGCGAAUCGAUGACUUUCGAACGUUCGUUCAUUCUUGUCACUACUCGCGAAAUAAUAAUGCAUCGGUUAAUGGCUAUCAGAGAGGAUUAAAAAUAUUUAUCGUUUCGUUUAUCAUUUUUACUGCUCGCCAAGACGAAACAAAUAUGAGUUUUGGAAACUGUCACGAGAAAUAAAUUCAUUCUAUUCAUCCAUCCAUUACUUCUUCUUCUUCUUACGACAACGAAACAAAAGUGCGAAACGUCUUCCUCUGAAACGUUCAUUCAUUCGUAUUUAAAGAAAUAACGAUUCCAUCGAUAGAAUUCCUUCGAUCUUGCUCAUCUGAAAUCUGUGUAUGUUUCUCCCUAUUACCCAACAAGAUCUCUCCACGAACAGAACACCACGCAUCUGCGACGGUGACAAACAUGUCACUGACCGUAUCCGUAAAUAUUAGCAAGUUGUUUGCCGAUGAUCGACGUUAUCCAAAAUUUUCGCUGGUCACCAAGUCGGGCCAAUGAUCGAAGCGACCGGCGCGUGUAAUCCGCUGGAGGCGCUUGUCAAGAUCGUUUCGGUUGUCGUGGCUUGACAACCGCCUGGACAAGUUAUGCCGGGGCAAAAGUGACGGGAGCAAAAGUUUGGAGAGAGGCCGAUGCGUUUGUCGACGAAACGGUGGCUUCCACUUUGCUCCAGUGAACGAGAGAAAGACAACUACGAAGAAGAAGAAGAAGAAGAGGAGGAGGAGGAGGAGGAGGAGGAGGAGGAAGUAUAAAAAUCAGAAGGAGAAGAAGAAAGGGGGGUGGGCGUGCUUCGAGAGGAGCUCGUCGUCCGACCUGAUCUCUCGUCGUUUGCACGCGUGCAGCUCCCUGUGGUGUGCACGUGCGUGGCUGCGUGCGUGUGUAUAGUGCAGGAACCGACGAUGGAAUAUCGGUGAGGUCACGAGGUCACCGCAGAAUGCCUGAGCCGAGGGCGAAGCGCUGUAAACACUGUGACGAGUCUGGCCACAGGUUGGACAGCGGCUCCCCGUUCUGGAGGAUUCAGCUCGAUCAGGAUCUUCUGGACACUAUCAGCGCGAUAUAUCCGGAGUGGUUUAAGGACUAUACCAACACCCGAGCCUCGACUUCCUCCUCGUCGAGUACUUCCGGUGAAUUACAGUUGAACACCGAGGGCAUCGUGGCGGCCGACACCAGCGCCGUUCUCGAGCACAAGGUCGUCAAAGGUGAUACCAAGUCCAAGUCCAAGGCGAAGAAGGUGGACUGCUUGAAGGAAAGGGAAAGGAAGGAGGGCAGGCGAGAAUCCAAAGACGAGAGGGACGCUGGAAACGGUAAGAAAGGGACGAAGCCCUCGCCGCAGCAGGAUAAAGCGGCGGACGUGGCAGGAAGGAAGGCCGCGGGUGUUCCAGGAUCAGGCGCGGAGAUGGCCGAGGGUAAUCAGUCGCCGCCGAAGGCGGAGGUCGACGACUCGUCCCUUCAACACGCCAUGGAUCGCAACAAGGAAUCGCUGAAGGUGAAGCUUACGCUGAGGCGACCCAUCAAUCAGCUGGUUGCGCAAGGGAUCAUGCCAUCAUUGAAGACGCCACCGGCGUUCCACGAGCAGAGGAAGCAACUGGAACGGGCGAAAACCGGUGAUCUUCUGAAGGCGAAGAUCCAGCAGAGACCAGGCAGGGAGGAGUUGGUCAGGCAGCAUAUCCUCGAGGAUGUGGGUCACGUGGAUCCAAGCCUGGCCGAGAGGCAACGGAUGCUGAAGAAGGCCAGGUUAGCCGACCAGCUGAACGACCAGCUCAGUCAUCGACCCGGACCGCUCGAGCUCAUCCAAAAGAAUAUUCUCCACACGGAGGAGCCUAUCGAAAGGGCGGUCAAAGAGGGUCACAUUCCCUUCAAGGCCACUUGCGAGGGCCAAGUAACGAAGCCCCAACACCCAGACCACUACAUCACCUUCGAGGAUGACUCCCAGAGCUCGGAAGGCGCGCCCUCGCCCCAGCUGGAGUCCCGGUCGGACGUUCUGGAAACGGCGGCUGCCUCGGCUGGGAUAGUGACCGUCUCCCUCAGUAUUCCGACGACAGGCGGUGCCGUGGUGGUCUCGUCCACGUCGCCUGUGUUCCAACAAGCGUCCAACGAGUCGACGAUACAAACUUUCGCCGAGCUGUGCAACACCGUGGUCGGCUCGCAGCAGCAGCAGCAACAGCAGCAGCAACAGCAGCAACAACAGCAGCAGCAAUCCCAUCAACAGGCCCAGCAUAAUCAGCAACAACAUGCUUCCACGCAGGCGAGUCAGACAAACGGUCCAUCGACGACCCUCCUUCCACUGGCGCCGGCGCCGAGUCCGAUGUCCUUGGGCUCGACCACAUCCAGCCUGAGCCCCCUUUCCAAUAUCUCGAUAGCGUCGCCACCGGCACCACCGCCGGCCGCCAUCACCCCCAGGCCUCAGGCGAGCCCCAUAGCCGCCGCCUCCACGUGUCAGAGGAGCGACGCGCCCGGCAAGGAUAAGAACAGGAAGAAGUCCAAGACCAAGAGUCAACCGAAGACACGUACGAUCAAGUUUCACGAGUACAAAGGGCCGCCAAACGCGCAGAAAACCUCGGUGUCGUCCACGAGUUCCGGUCUCGGCUCGGCACCACCCGGCGAGACCAGCUACGAGCUUCUUCUUCAGCAGCAGCAGUUAUUCCUACAAUGGCAGCUCGAAUGGCAGCACAAGUAUCCUCAGAUCAUUCUACCGGCAGCGCAAAAGCCAUUGUCGUUGAACAGUAGCGGGGCAAGUGACGCUGGUAGCAUUAGCGGGAGCAGCUUGAACGCACCGAGCCCCGCACCCUCGAAUUCUUCCAACAAUCCCUCUGAACAACCACCUUUGAGGCCUUUGGGCAAGUUGGAAGAUAUGAAAGUAAGUGAUCUCAAAGUGGAGUUGAAACGUCGAAACUUGCCUGUAUCUGGCUCGAAGCCGCAGCUGAUCGAGAGAUUGAAGCCGUUCACGGAAUCGUCUAGCGGCAACUCGACGUCUAACUCGAAUGGGCCCCACGUGACGCAUAUGGGCCAUAUAUUGAUGGACACUCCGGGACCAAUGACGUCCGACGAGUCUAGCUCCCAUGCCAAGAGUCCUGGCUCCGCAGUCAAGGACGAACCGAAUAGUCCACGGACCGAUUCACCGCAUGGCAGCGAGCACGAUGAUCCAUCCAGUCCUCCAGUCCGUGUUUCAGGAGACGACAUAAUCAAAGAGCAAAGGAAACGGAUAGAAGAGUUGCAACGUGAAUUGUACAAAUCUCAACAGCAACUUCAGCAGAUCCGUCAGACCCAACCGUCUACAGUUCACGCUGAGAAGCUGGUGCUGCAGCAACAUAUACAGAACAAGAUGCAGCAGCAGCAGCUGGCGCUACAUUUGCAACAGUUGCAGCAUUUGCAGCAGCAACAGCAGCAGCAACAACAGCAGCAGCAGCAGCAGCAACAGCAAAGUCAACAACAACAGCAGCAGCAGACGCAGCAACAACAACACGCUACGUUCCAACAGCUGAACGCGAAAGCUAGCCUCGCCGCAUUCCUGCAGGCACAGCCAAAUAAUACUACUGCCAUUCUAGACUCUUCGACUUUGACCGCGAUUAACAAUAAGAAGAACCAGACGAAGAACAGCGCGACGGUUCAAAUACCUGCUGCGAUAGUUUUUAAUCUACCCAAACCUACGAAAUUGAAUGGAACAUUGUUGAGCGCGUUGGUGGCACAAGCCCAACAACAGCAGCAACAAACCGUUACCGCAGAGGAUGGGAAACCGCCACCACCUCAGUACGAUGAAGCCGCGAAGUUACUAAAGGUAAAAAUUGAACCAGUUCAAAAAAGUCAUAUCAAGAGUCAAGUGGUGGAUGACGUGCUGGAGAUCCUGAUCAAGAAUGGCGAAUUACCACCGAGCGCCGCACAGGACCCGGCCACGCCAACUACACCCAACAGACAGCUACAACAAAACUUGGUAUUCACGGCGCCAGCGGAUAGUCAAAGUCAUUCGUUGGUUUUCGCCGCUGCUAGUCCAAUCAGUCCGAUCAGCCCCAUCGCGAUGGAGGUUUCCCAGAGCGAUUGCGUGAGUUCACCGGCGCCGGCGCCACCGCCACCGCCUCCUUUGCCUCUGGCAACUUUCUCUAUACAGCUGCCAACCGCGUUACAACAGUUGCAGCAGCAAGAGGAGAUCUCCUCGUUCAACACAGACCUGUUAAACUCGGAAGGUGAGCUGGACGCCGCGAUGCUUCUUAGCCCGCAGUCAAAUCAGCAAGCGUCGCCCGACCCUCAACCUCCUCAAGAAGUAACGUCGUCGGAUAACGCGAAUUUAGACCUUAAGGAACUCGAGCUAGAUCUCGAGACCUUAGACACGAUGGAUUUCAGUCAAUUGGAUUGCGACUUGGGUGUAAAGAUGGAAGCGCCUCAAGAGUUGAUGGACAUCGGCGACAUGCCCAUGGACAUGGAUGAUCCAGAUUGGCUCGAUUCAUUGAUGCCACAAUCUCCUCCAACUUCUUCCACGACAGUGGCGAAUCAUCAUCAACCGACGCCACCGACGAGUUUGUCGAGCGGCACGGAUAUUUACGAUCCGCUGUUAGCCAGUAGCCAAGAUCCGUUUGAUCUCUUCAACAUGGAGGACUCUGAUUUCAAGAUGUCUUCCGAUCUUUUAACCUGGGACAAAGUCGACUUCGCGACCUAGCCCGAGAUUUUUCCUCGGAGCUCGGCCUUGUGUACUUAAAUCAACGGGAAACGAAAAAAGAUCCAGCGAAGCACAAAGACGAUCCAACGGCAAUGCCAAGUGCUAUAUAUUGUGAUUAGUCUGUGACUGUUUUUUGGUGCAUUUUUACGAACCGUUUUGCAGUUGCUUGCCUCUGACAUUGUUCUCCAGCGACUUCGGCGCUGUGCAACUUCCCGUGAACGUUAAAAGAAUUGUACUUACACGUAAAACUUAUGCUACUUGUUAUCAAGCGGAGAACUUUCUUACGAGAGAAAAAAAAAAGAAAUUAGGAAUAACUAGCUGUAUUAUUUUCAAUCGAAGUUCGAAAUUCUAGGUGAGUAAUUUAUAAGCGUGAAAAAAAGGUGCAUAAAAUUGCGAGAGGAUCGUAGCGUGAAAGCACAAGGGUGAGAACAAGACCACGAAGCAAUCGUUUCUAAGGGAUUUUAUAAUAGAAGAUAAUUGUCAGUAGAGAAUGCACGUAUAUUUUGGUCUUCCUCGGUCAGUAUGAGUACCAAUGCACAGAAUUUUCGUUCUUUCGUUUCACGGAAUCGAUCGAGCAUUGGAAUCAUGUCAUUUUCUGCAAUCGUUGCUACUUGAGAUCAAUAUAACGAUCAAGAGCUCAAAAAACGGUUUCACUGGAAAACGAUAUCGCGUAUCUCGAUCGAUCGUUCAUUCGAAAGAAACGAAGGUAAAGAUAUGCGAGGACGAACCACUAAACAAAAUAGCGGAUACGUCCCGCAAAUGGAAAUAAGACAACAACGACGAUAUCUUCAAAAUUCUCCAAAGAAUUUCCUUACGAGCGUUUUUAGCUAGUUUUUACUAUCCAGUCUACAGUCGUGUGUUGCUUGAGUUUUAAUAACUGCGAAUAGCGUGUGUGUUAAACAGGAAAACGGGAAAGCUGCGUAUAUGUUUUUCUCGUAUGCUUCCCUCAUCCAAUCUCAUUUCUGUCAACCCCAUUUCUCCAAAACAAAACCGUAUUCAAUUAUAAUGUUAUAAUUGGGAUAAUUAUUUACGAGAAUAUAUAUAUAUAUAUAUAUAUACAUAAUUUAUGGUUAUACAUAUAUAUAAACAUAUGUAUGUAUAUAUGUAUACACGUAUACAUAUGCAUAUAUAUAAAAUACAAUGCUGUAUGCCGAGUUCGAAAGUAAACAUGCGUUGAAAGAAGUAAAAAGGAAAAAAAAUAAUUAAAAAAAAGAAAGAAAAGGAAAAAGAAAGUUCGACGGCUUUCCCGCACAGCUAUACAUAAUUUUUCUAAGGCAGAGCAUGUGAUGUUAGUGGUUACACAUACAUAUUUUAAUCAAUAAUCGCAUAAAAAUUUUCAGAAUGGGUGCGGACAAAAAUAUACCGAUGUCAGGGUAUUGUGCGGUUCUCCUGUUUUUUCGUUUCCCUUUACGAAUCUUUUUUGUUGUUUUUGUGACAUUCCAUGUUUUCAAACGAGCAAGAGAUCGAAGCUACGCGUACCACGAGCCGCGCUUUUGUCCAUAUAUUUGAGCAAAAGUUAAGAAGAAUUCGUCUCAGAAUUUUAAUUGAUCAACCGAAGUUUCUAACCUAACUUUGUAUUUCGCAUUAUGUCCAAUUCGGAAUAACACAUGUUUAUAAUAAUUGAAUCAUAUCAUAUAAGGCAAUAUUAUAUACAAUAAACAAACUUUCUAUUAUGUUUCGUGUUAUUAUACUAUAAAUGAACAUAAAAUAGAAAGCAUAAAGUCCUGCAUUUUUCUGAGGCAUUCUUUGCAGAACCAAGUGGCUUCGUACGCCGACGUAACGAUAAAGGAUCGCACUGCCUAAGUCGGUAAUAAAGAGCGAAUGUAAUGAGUGCAAUGUUACCUAGCGUGAUUAAUGUAUGUGAAAAUGUGUAUGUGAGUGUAUCGAAACGAUUUUAGCGUAUGUGAUCAGCGAUGGUGCUAAUUGAAACCCCAUUUAGAGCUAUUAAAUUUUCCUCAAAAUGUCACAAUUGAAUCACAAAGCAAUCUUUUACAUUAUAGUCCAACAAAAUUAUUUUAAUUUAUAUUAUUUUUAUUAAAGCAAGUAUGUCAAUUUAAUUGUUUGCUGGACAAAUGAAUGAAUUCAAAUUUACGGUGCAAAGACUGCUUUAUCGAUUCAAAUGAUCCCCUAUUUUCAUUAAUCAAAAGUGGCAGUUUGGCAAGCAAGUACAUACCAUCAUUGUUCACUCCAUAUCGCACAAAGAAGCAGCAAAAAUAUGCAACAUUCCAAACGUUCACAUGCAAUAGAGAAACAUCACAUGAGGCCCCGAGACACCAUGCUCCUCGUAGAAACAGCCAAGCAAUCACUCGUAAUUUUUAUUUUGCGAUAUUUUGCAAAAUAAUUCUCAUUUUCAACGAAAAUCAUUUCCCGAAAACACUAUCUUUUAAAUAAUUACUUAAGAAAUUCACUAUUCAACGUAAUCACAAGUAAAAAUAAGCUAAUAAAACAAGAAAUAUUCGGCACGAAACUCGAGCGUAACAUUCAGUCCCGCCAUAAUUGAACUACUGAAUUUACAGUGCCCUCUAGCGUAUCUUUACGCGGUCAAUUCAAAAUCGAUGCAUUUAAAUCGAAGCUUGUACCAUUUAUUUUGUUUGUUUGAUUAAAUAUUAUUAGAAAUAGCUUUGUGAUUACGCUAUUAAUUCUGCAUUUAAGUUCAAAUCGUGCAAAUAGAAAAAUAUGUGCACGAAAAUUAAAGAGAGAACAUGGUGCACAAUCGGGGUAAAAAAUCGUGCCAAAAAUCCCCUUGCCACCGCGUAUCGCUUCGUCAUUAUAAUUAUAUCACCCGUUGCCAUGACAAUAAAUGUUUGUAUCGUGUUGUAAAAUAUUGUAUCAUACGUAAAAUUAGAGUCGUUAAAUGCUGACGAUAUGUCGUCCAUGAAAUGAGCUUGCUUGUAUGAAUUUAUUUAGGAUAAAACAACUCAGUCGCGUAUAAAUGAUUACAAGUAAGCGGACGACAUCAUAUGAUGACAUCGAUCAGCAUACGGCGCACGAUCCCUCAUCUUUUUUGUUUCUUUUUUUUUUUUUUUUAACGUUGCUUAGCAUUGCAAUCCUGUAAUUAUUUCAUUUUCUUCGAAUCAUGAAUCAUGAAAUCUAUCGAUUGAUUGAUUUGUCAGGCUGUGCGAAUCUGAUAGUCUGUCAUGAGACGCGUGAAAGUGUCUUUGUUUGUAUAAUGAACGUAUGAGUAUUGUUGGAUGAAUAUGUAAACAACAAAAAAAAAAAAAUAAGCGAUUAAAAAUUCUACGGGACGAAACUCGUCUGUAUAUAGGAUUUUUGUGACAUAUACUUGUAAUAACAAGCUACAUGAGAUUGUACUGAAAGUGAAAAAAAUAAUGUAAUACAAACACGCGUACGCGCGAACACACAUACAUACAAUACACGAACAUAUUUUGUAUGAGCAUGCGAAAAAGAAAAAGAUAUAAGUUUUGUUAAGUAUCUAUGAAUUUAUUGUAAUAAUGUACGUUUAAGUAACGAUCACGUAAUUAUUGCUAGAGAGAGUGUUAUUUAUUUUUAUUUGUUGCAAAUUUAUCGAUUGCCUUCCAUUUGAGUAAAUAAAUAAAUUUAAAGUUA